AUGGAGAAGGAGCGCAGACGGGGCAGCAGUGACGGGCGGCCACACAGAGGGGGAAGGGGAGGCGGAGUGGUGAGGGAAGGCGCAGGGAGGGUAGAGGGGCUGCGGGCGCGCGUGGCUUGGGAUUGGUGGAAGCGAGGCGAGGGGUGGGAGAACGGGGAGCGGGGACGGAGCAGGGGGGCGGAAGAGGGGAGAAGGGCCAGGCGGAAGGGUGGGGACGGGCAGAAGGGAGGAAGCGGGGAGAACACGCGCAAGGGGCUCGAGGGGGGCCGCUGGUUGAAACACAUGGUGGUGCUGGCGGGGGAGGGAGGGGGUGGAGGAGUGGAAGGGCGGCGGGAGGGGAAGAAGCGGAGUGUAGAGGAGAGGCGCGUUAGGAAGGGCGGGGAGCGGACGAGAGGGAGGGAGGUGGGUGUGAGGCAGGUGGGUGGGAAACGAGUGGAUAGGCGAAGGCGAGCGAGGAGCAAGGGAGGAGAAAAGGGGCAAGGAAAAGAGGAGAAACGAGGGGAGGGGAGGGGAGGGGAGGAGAAUGGAGGGGAGGAGAAAGAAGGGGAGGAGAAUGGAGGGGAGGAGAAGGACGGGGAGGAGAAUGGAGGGACGUCAAAGGAAGGGGAGGAGAAUGGAAAGGGGAGGAGAAGAGAGGGCAAGAAGGAAGUGCACAGAUGGUCACCUCUGAGAUCUGAUCUGAGCGCCUUUCACCCCUUCUCACUCGGGGCCAAGGUGAGUGUAGAGGCCAAGGUGAGUGUAGAGGCCAAGGUGAGUGUAGAGGCCAAGGUGAGUGUAGAGGCCAAGGUGAGUGUAGAGGCCAAGGUGAGUGUAGAGGCCAAGGUGAGUGUAGAGGCCAAGGUGAGUGUAGAGGCCAAGGUGAGUGUAGAGGCCAAGGUGAGUGUAGAGGCCAAGGUGAGUGUAGAGGCCAAGGUGAGUGUAGAGGCCAAGGUGAGUGUAGAGGCCAAGGCUGAGGUGGCUGCUGACUUAGGUGGGGUGUUGGUGCUAUCAGGUAAUGGAGAGGUGGGGCAGCAACACAUGGGGGGGUGGGGAACCCAUGAGCCGCUUGAAACGCAUGGUGGUGCUGGCGAAACAGGCGCGGGGGGAGGGGUGGGGGAGACGGGGGAGGGGGAGAAGGGGAAUGGGAAAGGAGGGGAGGAUGGGGCUAUAAACCGCCCGCGGUGCUGCGUGAAUGCUGUGGAGAUUCUGCACGGCGAUGGGGCCGUGCUGGCCUUGCAUCACCCUCUUCUUGCCUCUUUCUUGCAUUGCAUUGCCCUGCCAGGCAUUGAACCGCUCGCACUGCCGGGUGAGUGCCGUGGCCAUUGUGGACGACAACGGGGCGCACAGGCUGCUCAAGAGCGUGCUGGCGGAGGCAGAGCGGGAGAGACAGCUGUAGCUGGAGGGGCAGGCGUGGCAGGAGGGGCAGGUGGGGCAGGAAAACUCACUCCCAGAAGAACAGACAAGGCUUAA